AUGAAGAUAAUUCGAUUGAUCAUAGAUCCCCAAGAAACGUACACAGCGCCUCAAGAAACGCACACAGCGCCCCAAGAGACGUACACAGCUCCCCAAGAAACGUACACAGCUCCCCAAGGGACGUACACAGCGCCCCAAGGGACGUACACAGCGCCUCAAGAAACACACACGCCUCCUCCGCAGACAUACACAGUUCCCAAAAAAACGUACAUAGUUCCACAGGAAAACCAUAUAGUGCCCGAGGAAACGUACGUGGCUCCUCAAAAAACGUACACAGCCCCUCAAAAAACGCACACUGUGCCACAAGAAACCUUCACAGAGACGUACACACCGCCUCAAGAAACACACAAGGUACCACAGGAAACGUACAUAGCCCCUCAGGAAACGUACACAGCACCCCAGGAAACGUACACACCUCCUCAGGAAACGCACACAGCGCCCCAGGAAACGUACACACCUCCUCAGGAAACGUACACACCGCCCCAGGAAACGUACAUAGCCCCUCAGGAAACGCACACAGCGCCCCAGGAAACGUACACACCGCCCCAGGAAACGUACAUAACCCCUCAGGAAACGCACACAGCGCCCCAGGUGAGGUACACACCUCCUCAGGAAACGCACAGAGCCCCUAAGGAGACGUAUUCACCCCCUCUCAAUUCUCUCGAGUUUUCUGACCGAGUCUACACCGUCCCUGAACAAUCGUACACUUCUCCUGAACAGUCAUUCUCUCCUCCUGUCGUUCGAGGAAGUGCAUCCGCCAUCUCAGCCUACGACACAUCAACACACGUUCAGUGGCCAUCACCAAACGUUCCCCCUUCGCCCCCAAACAAACGUUCAGGGUCCCCCGACGUUUUUCUUGGGGCCUCCUUAUACGGGCCCAAUGGUCAUCAAGAAACCGCAUUUUCUACUCAACAAAGACCGAAUAAUAAUCACCAAUCGUUUCCUUCACCGCAGCAAACGUUCAACGGCCAUCAGCAAACGUUUUCGUCACCCCAACAAACGUCUACCGAAAAUGUGUUUCAACCUCCUUCAGAGGCGCUAGUCAUAACGAAAGGAUCAGUUCGGGUUGACCAUCCUAAGUCGGAAGCAAAUGAGAAGUUUUACGAUGGAAAACACAGCCAAAAUUUUGAUUCCUCGUCCAACGCAAAUGAAAGGCCCUAUGCCCCGUUUGAAAGUGACCGUUUUCCCCCAGAGAAAAACUUUAUCCCCAAAAAAAGUGCCCCUAGUGACUUGGAUUCCAAAACCUCAUCCUUUGGGGGGCCCUUUAACCAUGGGGCCGAAAGUUCAAAAUGUCCCCCCCCAAAUUUGGGUAAAUCCUCCAGUGAAACCCGAAAAAUUGGGGAACAAAUGCCCCCAAAUUUCGGGGUUUUUGGGAAGAGAAAAUUUGGUCCUUCACCAUCAAAAACCAGAAAAGAAUCAGGGGCCCACCCCCCUGGGCCAAAGCCCCCCGAAACGAGUAUGGGUCCCCUAGAACAAAAAUGCCCCGAAAACAAACCCUCGGGCUCCUGA